AUGGUGGUUCUGGCCCUGACACUCUUUGUAGCCGCUGUUGCUACGUUCUCGCUGGGAGUUCUGCUGUGGGUGAUCUGUAUACAGUUUUGGACUGAACACAUCCCUGAAGGCAUCACUCAUCCUGUGAGGCUGAGGAUCCUCAGCUGCCUUUUACAUCUGACAAUGACAUGGGGGAUGAUUUUUGAGAAGCUGGGACUGUGUUAUGCACCCCAGUUUGCCAGUUUUGUGCAUGAUCUGAAGCCACUCAAGAGAGAUCCUGAUGUUGCGGUCACGGAUCUUCACUUUGGGACGAUCCCUGUGAAACUAUACCAGCCUAAGGAAUGCUCCUCUGCUCUCAGGCCUGGCAUCAUCUUCUUCCACGGUGGUGGAACCAUCCUAGGGAGCUUAAGAACGCACCACAACAUAUGCUUACGUUUGUCCAAGGACUGCGACUCUGUUGUUUUGGCAGUUGGAUACAGAAAGUCUCCCAAGUACAAGUACCCAGUGAUGAAAGACGACUGUAUAGCAGCCACCACCCAGUUUCUGAAGUCGUUGCAGGUGUAUGGAGUGGACCCCGCUCGGGUUGUGGUCUGUGGUGACAGCGUGGGAGGAAACGCAGCCACUGUGGUUUGUCAAGAAUUUCUGAAGCAAGCAGAUCUUCCCCGGAUCCGGGCUCAGAUUUUGAUCUACUCUUCACUGCAAAGCAUAGAUUUUCGGGGCCCUUCUUAUCAACAGAAUGCCAACAUUCCACUACUAUCUUGGAAUCUGGCCUUUUACUGUUGGUGUUGUCACUUAGACUUGAGGACUUCCUGGAAAAAUGCCAUCAAGAAUGGUACCCAUUUGCCACCGGAAGUCUGGGAGAAAUACAGAAAGUGGUUGGGCUCAGAAAACAUCCCAGAGAGGUUUAAGAAGCGAGGCUACCAAUACAUACCCCCAGGACCUGUGAAUGAAGACGCUUACCAGGAGAUAAACCUCACACUGAACUCAGUAUGCUCUCCCCUCAUCGCAGAAGAUGACAUAGUGUCUCGGCUCCCAGAAACCUGCAUUGUGAGCUGUGAGUAUGACCUUCUUCGGGACCAUUCCCUCCUAUACAAGAAGAGGCUGGAAGAUCUGGGGGUGCCUGUGACAUGGCAUCACAUGGAGGAUGGUUUCCAUGGAGUGCUUAAUACCCUUGACUUUGGCUUCUUGACUUUCCCUUGCUCCUCAAGAAUUAUGGAUGUGGUUAUCCAGUUUAUUAGAAAGUUGUGA